AUGGCCGACGACCUGAGCAAGGCGAAAAGGCCCAGUCUGGUUAGGUGUGGUCUCUAUGAUCAGGUAAGAGUUUUGAAAGUGCCUCCCACAAAUCUCAAGGAGCAGUUUGUUCGAAAAAGAAUGUACGAUCGUAUUUGCCCGCCUCCAAUCCGUAUAAUAUGCCCAACAUGGGGCGAACAAUACGUUGGCGAAACACUGCGACUUCUUUGUAAUCGUAUCAAAAAAUAUCUAGAUGGGAUAGAAUAUUCAACCCCUCCUCGAGCUCAUCCAGCAAAUAUCAUGAAAGUGCUCCUUUCUGCAUAG